GGAAAAUUCAUGACCAGAAGGGAAUCUUCAGCUAUACGGUAGGUUGCUUGUUGAAAUCUUAGAAUGUGAUAUUGAAAAGAUGUCAGACAAGCUGCUUCUGCUGCAGUAUUAGUCUGAAAAAUCAUCAACUUGCAGAGUUGUGAAUGCCAGAGUCUGAAAUAACAUGUGUCACUGUUAGAAUAGUUAUACUUCACUGCGGAAUUUAGGAGUUUGAGGUACUACGUGAAUAACCUGUUGUUAAUUUGACGCGGGACAAAAACGCAUUGGAGAAUGGAACAAAAAUCGCUUGUCUAUGGUUGCUACCGGCUGGACUAGAAGACAUGAGAGCCGACUUAUUGGCGCAAUGAGACAUGUUUCGGAAUUUCGGCCUGCAUUUUUCAACUUGGGAGAACGGUGCACAGGAGAUACCGAUCGUCCUGCUAUCGGGAGAUAAAAGCUGUCAAGGCGGAAACAUCCUCUUUUGACGCUCAGAGUUUGGACUAGAAAAUGUGGCAAAUGCUGCUGUGGCAGCCAUGCAUUUUAAUAAAUCAUGUAAGCAUCGAUAAGCAAUUUCCGGUGGCGCAAUGGGCUGUAAAAUAGCUACGUUUUCAUUAUAGCUGGCUCGUAAGAACCGAAGCCAGUUUAAUGGAUCUGGAUCUCGUUCUCAGCCCUACGGUGGCUUGACCUGUGGGCGAACUUCCGGGAGUGCUAAAAGUUCUUUUUUUAUCAUGAAAAUUUGUUGACAGCGACUCCGAAACUCCGGUUUGGUCUGCUGCCAACGCUGGGGAUUAUCACCAAAUCCCCGCGACUCCUCCAACUCUGCCAUUCGACAUUUCACAACAAUUGAGAGUUGCAGCCAAUCAAUCAUGGAUGUCGGUCCAGCAUCUCCACCCAGAAUUGCAGUGAAUCCCCAUCUAGGUUAUGGGAAACGGACAAUGGGCUCCAUGUUACUGACAUGCUUGCACAACUCCUUGACUACAUGCUGCUACCGUUCUUCUGCUACCAAGUUUCACUUAUAUGAGGGAAUUGAGAGCGAAUACAAUUGCUCAAGAAUGCUCUGAGUAUCAUUUCAAUGUCUCUUCAUUCCAGCCACCGGUUUGACAGCGAGGCUAUCGUGGAAAUAUGUGACGGUCCCUAAUGCAUGUUACAUGCGCUGAUCCCAAUUGCUCAGGGCUUCUGCUAGCCCACAGGUAGUGGACUUAUAAAGUGCAUAUGGCUUUCCCCGACUUCAAUCGUCCCGUGCUGAAAUUUGCUGAUGCAGCGGGGAGUGUACCCGGGUCAACGGUUACUGGAAUAGGAUACAAGUCGGGCUAACCUCAUCGCCGAUAACUAUAGUAUAUUUGUCAAGGCUUGCCACCCCCAAGUGCACUGACGCUAUUUACAAUCGGGAAGGGAAGAGGGCUUGGGAGUGGCUUUUCUAACCCUGACGAAAGGCACACUGCCUGGUAUCAAAAGUUUACACUGGAUGCUGGUUCGGUUGUUAUAUAUUGAGGGCUCUCUGGGUGUUUCGUUCUAUAUAUUCCCUUGAUUCGGUUACCGCAAAGGCAUAAGAAUCAAAUGCGAUAUCUAUCUUCUCAGUGUGCAUUUUUCACGUUAUUCGGUAUUACCAAUUUGCGUCCAGCUUUAUUUGGCCGAUAUAUCCUUUUGGCAUCUCGAUAAGCUUAUACCCUCGAGAUGCAGCAAGAUAAAAGGGAGCUUAUCAAUGCUUUGCGCGCUCAUCGUAUCAAUACAAUCACCGAAUUGCGCACAGCGGAGAGGACUCUCAUGCAAUAUGCCCUUACGGAAGUUACGGAACCACUGUCACAGGCCUGGAUAUACUAUGUCAACUCAAACAACCUCCUCUGCGAGUUGAGAGCCCUUACCAAAAACUAUCCCUUUAGUUCCGAAUGUCUCGACGACGCCAAAGCCCUAACCGUUAGCGACCCCAAAAGCGCGCGGAGCUGGAACUACUGCUGGCUUGUGCUCUCUAAAAUGCUGGAACAGCAAUUAAUUCCCAAGCACGCUAGGGAUAUUGCAGCAAAUCCAGUGAUGUGGGGAGGACGAGCUCCAGCCCUGACGGAGGCCGAGCAGCUUUCAGAUGCGUGCACCGCGGAGUGGACCAUGGUUGCUCAGCAAAUGCUACGGCACUGGGAACGACCCCCUAUCAAGUCGGAUGAAUAAAUUACCCGGGAGAACAACGGCUGAUAGAUCCAAAUAGGCGUACCGCAUCUAAGCCCUAUCUUCAGCCUUUACAGCCCCCAAGAUGAAAUGUUCUUUUUUUGUAUCGAUAUCCAUUGUACACUACUUAGAUCGUGUUAGUGUUUAUAUUGCCCGCGUCUAGAAUGGUUUGUCGAGUGCGAUAGAUUUCAUUGAGUUUGCUUGGAACCUCUAAAACCGCUAGCACAUAUUGAAUUCUUUCAAUAAAUAGUAAAAAAUUCUCUCCCUAUAGAUGCUAAUGUCUUAAAGUUACAAACUGAAUGCAAGUAACUCUACAAACGCAAGCUAUAUAUAUCCUUAAUUUUCGGGCACAGGUUGUGCAAUAUGCCCGAUGAGACCAAUAAACAUCAAAAGCAUAUUGAAUUGCAUUUCUUGCCGUUCUUCCUCUCCUAAAUUUCUUUGUUCCCCUACUAUGACAUC